AUGGCACGUUCAAUUGUAGAUGUUCCAAACAUAGUAGAAAAACCUCAUACACUGAAUGAUCUAGCUUUUCAAGAGGAUAAUAGUCAAAUGCAUGAAAUUGAUAUUUGUGAAGAUGAAACACCUUAUAUAUUGAAUGAUCCAGAUGGGUUUUUUAUUGACAUGGAGGAGGAGGAGGAGGGAGAGAGGGAAGAGGAAGAGAGGGAGAUGGAAGAAAAUGAUGAGGAUAAUGACAAUGAUGAUGAGGAGGAGGAUGAUGUUGAUGAUGGGGAUGAGGAGGAGGAUGAUGAGGAGGAGGAUGAGACUGAGGAUGAGGAUGAGGAUGAUGAUGAUGAUGAUGAUGAGGAUGACAAUGAGGAAGGGGAAGAUGAAUAUGAACAUCAAAACAAAAAGAGAAGAAAGUGUAGAGAUUAA